ACAAAAAUGUAUCUAUUCCUCAGGCGAAGAGACUGUCUACUAUAUUACAUAUCAAAAGUAACAAGACCAACAAUGGAUCCAUGCUUCCAGUUAUGUAUUUACAAGCAGACAACUCAGCUAAAGAUAACAAGAACAAGUUUGUCAUCAUCUUCUUGGCAAUGGUCGUGAAGGCAAAUAUCCUGAAGAAGAUCAAGCUUUCACUCCUGAUGGUUGGACAUGCUUAUGAGGACAUAUAUCGAUGUUCAGCUCAUCAGCAAGAAAGCCCAAACGCGCAAGCUUAUAACGUCCAAGACCUUCAUGACAUGAUUCGGGCAAGCUUCACACCAAAGCCGGAUGCAGGACAUAUGGAAAGUCUGUGGGAUUUUUGGGGAAAUGGUGUCAUAGGGGAAUGUCUACGCGGCAUAAAGGAUCCUCAUGUGUUUAAACUUACGAAAAUGUCCGGCAGAGUGAUCCUUUCAUACAAUGACUGGCCACUCGUUGGAGAAAAUUAUAGGGAAGUUAACUUAACAGUCUAGUUCCAGAUAUUUUAAAAACCUGUCACACUCGAGCCGAAUUUAGAAAAAGUCCGCUCUAGUGUGGAAAAAAUGAAGAAAGACUUGCAAAGAUGGGAAGAAAAAGUAAAUGAAGAAGGAUGGGGAAGAAAGUGGACGAUUUAA